ACCCCCCUCCCUUUCCUCUUUUCUGCUGUUAUUGCCAGGGUUUUUUCCCCUCAUGAGCGAGCGGUGCAGGGAAAACAGAGAGAGGGGGAGGAGUUCAGGCUUGCUGUGCAAAUAUACAUACAGACCUACUAAUCCAGCCUGAUGCCUUGCAGAAAAAAAUCACAGAUCAAGCAAGCGGCUAAGGAUGGCUCACUCAAAGGAUCUCUUGGUGCUGGAAAACUUCAUAGGAGGCAGAUUUGUUCCUUGUUCCUCCUACAUAGACUCCUUUAAUCCGUCCACUGGAGAUGUCUAUUGCAGGGUGCCAGACAGUGGCAAAGAAGAGGUGGAAGCUGCUGUCAAAGCUGCCCAAGAUGCAUUCCCAAAUUGGUCCUCAAAAAGUCCAUUGGAAAGAUCUCAGAUCCUGAACAAAUUGGCAGACCUAAUUGAACAUGACCUGGAAGCUUUUGCAAAAGCAGAGUCAAAGGACCAGGGAAAAACUAUUACAUUUGCUAGAACAGUGGACAUCCCUCGGGCAGUGUACAACUUCAGAUUCUUUGCUUCUUCCAUCCUUCACCAUGUGACAGAGUGCACCGAGAUGGCAACCAUGGGCUGUGUGCAUUACACCUCGAGGGCCCCUGUGGGAGUUGCUGGUUUAAUUAGUCCUUGGAAUUUGCCACUAUAUUUGUUGACCUGGAAAAUAGCUCCUGCCAUUGCAUGUGGAAAUACUGUAGUUGCCAAGCCAAGCGAGAUGACGUCUGUCACAGCUUGGAUGAUGUGUAAGCUCUUGGAGAAAGCAGGGGUACCUCACGGGGUGGUGAAUGUGGUGUUUGGAACAGGCGCCAAGGCAGGAGAAGCCCUUGUCUGCCACCCUGAUGUGCCUCUGAUCUCUUUCACGGGGAGUACGCUGACUGCCCAGAGGAUCACGGAGAAAAGUGCUCCACACUGCAAAAGGCUUUCACUGGAACUGGGAGGCAAAAACCCUGCCAUCAUCUUCGAUGAUGCUGACUUAAGCCAAUGCAUCCCCACAACCCUGAAAUCCAGCUUUGCCAACCAGGGUGAGAUCUGUCUCUGCACUUCCAGGAUCUUUGUUCAGAGAGGUAUAUACAGUGAAUUUUUGAAGAGGUUUGUGGCAGAGGCGAAGAAGUGGAAGACUGGGAACCCUGCAGAUCCUACAGUCAGUGUGGGAGCACUAAUAAGUAAAGAACACCUAGAAAAGGUGAGAAGCUAUGUGAAGAGAGCCCAGGCUGAAGGAGCCAGAGUGCUCUGUGGAGAGGGAGUGGAUUCCUUAGACCUCCCAGCUGGCAACAAGAAAGGCUAUUUCAUGUUGCCCACAGUUAUUGCUGAAGUGCAGGAUGAAUCUUGCUGCAUGCAAGAAGAGAUCUUUGGUCCCGUGACAUGUGUGGUAGCAUUUGAUACAGAAGAAGAAGUGAUCAAAAGGGCCAACAGCGUGAAAUAUGGCUUGGCAGCCACUGUGUGGUCCAGCAAUGUGGGACGCGUUCAUCGGGUGGCACGAAGACUACAGUCUGGACUAGUGUGGACCAAUUGCUGGCUUAUUAGAGAUCUGAACUUGCCAUUUGGUGGGAUGAAAGCCUCAGGCAUAGGAAGGGAGGGAGCAAAGGAUUCCUAUGAGUUCUUCACUGAGGUCAAAACCAUCACAAUAAAGCACUGACGUACAUCAGUGGAGGUAUUUUAGUGUAAAAUAAAUUAUAGUAAUUUGUGUUAUCAAAAAUGGCUUUCUAGAACACAGGCUGCUAUUGUGGCCAUCUUUUUCUUGAACUUUGGGCAAGUAAUAUCUGUAACAGCUGAAAAAAGUCACCCCAAAUGCUAACGUUAAAUGCAGCCUUCUGUGUUGGAUGAGAAGUUCAGCAUGGACUCCACAAUCCAUCCCAAAACAGACAACUUGGUUAUCUUACUGAUCCUAAAGCUUUUUGAGUGUUCUUGUCUCAAACAUCUCUUCCUCUAAGGGAGAUGGAGAAAAGAUGAUAUAUGACUGUACCUAUGGUUUGUGAAUUACCUAGAGGGACAAAGUGGGAAGCACGGUGUGAGGCUGAUAUUGUAAUGGGAGUCGGCCAGUUUCCACCAUAAACAGUAUGGUCCAUGUACCAAUCCAUAUUGCACUUCGUUGGUAUCAGACAAGGAAUAAUGCAACAGCACCCUAAAGGCCUGAGGCGAUACCUUUAAUCUACUAAGUGGUAUUAAACCAUGAGGUUGUGAAAUUCUUGUGAUACACAAACAUUUUAAUUAUAACCUGCUUUAUGGUAUGCAGCUGAAUCAUCCGAACACUUGUUCUCUUAACUGUUUUGAAAUUGAAAUUACAGCCUAAGCCUCAGCGCUGGUGUUUUUCACAUCCCUGCACAAAGAUUUGGCUACAUCCCAGGCAGUGUCAUUCUUCAUUAAUAAAGACUGAAAGUGACUCCCAAGCGAACUAA